UGCAUGUGACUAAAAGGGGAUUUACAGAAAGGGUCUGCUGUCCACGUCCUCCGCGCAUGUUCCACUUUUCCAGAAGAGAUUGCUGCCACAUAAAAAGUCAGAGUCAGUGUUUGUACUGUUAGAAGAAGGGUAACUUCUGUGGAUCCACGUAUCCCUCCGAAUGCAUAAAAGAGUAGAGUUGGCUAAACGUCAAAAGAAAAUGUAUCAGAAAACAAGAAUGUCGACAGACUCUGAAACCAGAUCAGACGCAUGUUCAGGUCAGCAGUCAGCUGUUCCUCUGGCUGUGGUUGAGGAGGUCUUACUGAACCUGCCAGCACAUCAGGUGGUCCAAGUCUGUCGGUUGGUGUGUCAUGAGUGGAAGGAGCUGGUGGACAGUGCUGCACACUGGAGAGUGCGCUGUCGGAGAGAGGGGCUCCAGCCGAAUGAUGCUUCCAGAUCCCCAGAGGACUGGUGCCAGUUUUACUUUCUAUCUAAGUUCAGACGUAACCUGCUCAAGAAUCCCAGAGCUGAUGAUGGACUUCAAGGAUGGGAGAUUGUACAGAAUCGAGCUGACAACUGGGCAACCGAGUUGAACAGAAUACCGUUUCCAGACAACACCGUCACCAAAUGUUUUGUAACAUCUGAUAGUCUGUGUUUGAAGGAGCAGCUGAUUGAUCUGAAGGAAGAAGGCUACAGUGAGGCUUUCAUGGAUCAACUGCGACCUCAUAUCAAAAUAUCAGACUGGUAUACCCCACCCUCUGGUUAUAGAAGUCAUUAUUGCUUGUCUGUACAGUUCCUUGAUCAGGAGAGGAAUCCCAUCAUUAGCUGCCAUCCUGAUGUUUUCCGUCAACAGGGGAACGAUUAUCCAUGGUGUCAAAUUACCUACAUCUUUAGGAAUUAUGGUUCUGGGAUUAGAUUUAUCCGUUUCACUCAUGGAGGAAUGGAAUGGUCUGGAAUACGGGUUACUAACAGUAGUGUGGAAAUCUGUCCAGCUACAGUUUUCUAGAGUGAUUUUUUUUUUUACUUUCCUAAAUGUAAACGGCACAAAAGUGACCUACAGGUAAAGAAUUCUAAUGAAUUCUAAUAUGUCUUUAGGAGAUCACGUAUUUAUUAUAAUGUAAAUCAGUGGUUCCCAACCUUUUUCAAUUCGUGGCCAACACAACCAAACACAUAUGUUUCCGUGGCCCACUGCAAAAAAUGAACCGACCCCGCUA